GGGAGAAAAAAAAUAAAGGAGUCUCCCGGCAGGCAGAGCAAUGUGGAGCUGGUGAGGACCGCGACCGGGCCGCCAGCAUCCCGCCGGCAGCGCGGCCGCAGCCGGGAGGACGAGCGCACCCUCCCCAGCGCGGAAGAGGCCCGAGAGAAGGAGGCUGUGAGGGCUGCUGAAGAUGUCCGAUAGUCUGGAUAUUGAAGAGAAACCUCCAGCCCCACCGUUGAGGAUGAACAGCAACAACCGCGAUUCUUCAGCACUAAACCACAGCUCAAAACCGCUCCCCAUGGCCCCUGAGGAGAAGAACAAGAAAGCCAGGCUUCGCUCCAUCUUCCCAGGAGGAGGGGAUAAAACCAACAAGAAGAAAGAGAAAGAACGUCCUGAGAUCUCUCUUCCUUCAGACUUUGAACAUACCAUUCAUGUGGGAUUUGAUGCCGUCACUGGAGAAUUCACACCAGAUCUCUAUGGCUCACAGAUGUGCACAGGGAAGCUCCCAGAGGGCAUUCCAGAGCAGUGGGCCAGGCUACUACAGACCUCCAACAUAACCAAGCUGGAGCAGAAGAAGAACCCACAAGCUGUUCUAGAUGUUCUCAAGUUCUACGAUUCCAAAGAAACAGUUAACAACCAGAAAUACAUGAGCUUUACGUCAGGAGAUAAAAGCGCCCAUGGAUACAUAGAAGCCCAUCCUUCGAGCACUAAAACAGCAUCAGAACCCCCACUAGCUCCCUCUGUUUCUGAAGAAGAGGAUGAAGAUGAUGAUGAAGAGGAAGAUGACAAUGAACCUCCACCGGUUAUCGCACCACGGCCUGAACAUACAAAAUCAAUCUACACGCGCUCUGUAAUCGAACCUGCCGCUGCACCAGCACCAGCUAAAGAAGCCACCACUCCCCAGCCUGAAAACUCAAACACAAGCACUUUGUACAGAAACACAGACCGGCAGCGAAAAAAGUCCAAGAUGACCGAUGAGGAGAUCCUGGAGAAGCUGAGGAGCAUUGUGAGUGUGGGAGAUCCUAAGAAGAAAUACACUCGAUUCGAGAAAAUUGGCCAAGGGGCAUCGGGAACUGUUUAUACAGCAAUUGACAUCGCCACAGGACAAGAGGUGGCCAUAAAGCAAAUGAAUCUCCAACAGCAGCCCAAAAAGGAACUAAUUAUUAAUGAAAUCCUGGUCAUGAGGGAAAAUAAGAACCCCAAUAUCGUUAACUAUUUAGACAGCUACCUGGUGGGUGAUGAGCUCUGGGUGGUUAUGGAGUACUUGGCUGGCGGCUCUUUAACCGAUGUGGUUACAGAGACAUGCAUGGAUGAAGGACAGAUAGCAGCUGUCUGUAGGGAGUGCCUGCAAGCGCUGGACUUCCUUCAUUCAAACCAAGUGAUUCACAGAGACAUCAAAAGUGACAAUAUCCUUCUCGGAAUGGACGGCUCUGUCAAACUGACUGAUUUUGGUUUCUGCGCUCAGAUCACCCCUGAGCAGAGUAAACGGAGCACAAUGGUCGGGACUCCUUACUGGAUGGCACCAGAAGUGGUGACAAGGAAAGCAUACGGCCCCAAAGUGGACAUCUGGUCUCUUGGGAUCAUGGCAAUAGAAAUGGUGGAAGGAGAACCUCCGUACCUUAAUGAAAAUCCUCUCAGGGCGCUGUAUCUGAUAGCUACCAACGGGACACCAGAGCUGCAGAACCCCGAGCGACUCUCCGCUGUAUUCCGAGACUUUCUGAACUGCUGCCUGGAGAUGGACGUGGACAGGAGAGGGUCUGCCAAGGAGCUGCUGCAGCAUCCAUUUUUAAAGUUAGCCAAGCCUCUCUCCAGCCUGACUCCUCUGAUCAUUGCAGCAAAGGAAGCGAUUAAGAACAGCAGCCGCUAGCGCUCCAGGCCGGUCUCCCAUGCCAGCUCAGAGCAGGACUGAGAACAGAGACUCUGUGAAACCUCAACUCUUGUGCUGCGGGACAGGAUGGAUGCACACACCAACGGUCACAGUCACGGAGGUAGGAGGGAGAACAACCCAGUCCCUCGAGGAGUAAAACUUAUCAUUUGUCUUC